AUGGCUUCUCAUAUCAGGACGAAACCCGGAGGAGUCGAAACCGCUCCUAUGGGGAUAAUUAACGCGGCUAAUGGGAAUGCUGUGGGUAUUGGAAAUACGGCCCUUCCUCCUCCUGCUCCUCCUGCUCCUCCUGCUGCUGCUCCUGCUGCUGCUGCUCCUUUUCCUCUUACUUCUCCUCCUCCUCCUUCCGUUCCUCCUUCUGCUUCCGUCGCUUCUCUUCCUCCCUCUAUUCCUGCUCCUCCUGCCGUCGCGUGUGCCAGAGCCAGUGCUGCCGCAGCUGAGUCGUGCAUUCCCCUUCACUCUGCUGCUCCUCCUCCUGCUCCUCCUGCUCCUUUUGCUCUUCCGCCUGCUCCUGCCCCUCCUGCCAUUCCUGCCGUUCCUGCCUCUCCUGCUGUUCCUGCCGUUCCUGCCUCUCCUGCUGUUCCUGCCGUUCCUGCCUCUCCUGCUGUUCCUGCCGUUCCUGCCUCUCCUGCUGUUCCUGCCCCUGCAUUCAAUCUGCAUGGGCAGCAGCUCAAGAGGAAAUCGAACUCUGCAUGCAAGGAGGACGUGGAGGAUGUGCGGACAGAGGUGAUCAUUCUGGGUCUGCUGCGCGACCACCCGUGCAUCAUCAACCUGCAUGACGCUUUUGAGGAUGACAAGUACGUACACCUAAUCAUGGAACUUUGUGAAGGGGGAGACCUGUUCGACCGCAUCAAGCAGCGCGGGCAGUUCCCCGAGAGGGACGCCGCCUUGCUGUGCCGCGGGCUGGCAGAGGCGCUGCUGCAGUGCGCCCGCAAAGGGGUGCUGCACCGCGAUGUGAAGCCCGAGAACAUUCUGCUGCGGUCCAAGGAAUGCCACACGCGCAUCAAGCUGAUCGACUUCGGGGUCGCUGCCCUGCACACACCAGGUACAUUGAGAACAGACCGAGCGGGAACAGUAGAGUACACAGCACCAGAGGUUUUGGACCGAGCUUACGGCCCUGAGGCAGACAUAUGGAGUGCCGGCGUGGUGCUGUACAUUCUGCUCUGCGGCUUCCCGCCGUUUUGGGCGGCGACUGACGCUGACUUGGAGCGCAAGAUCCGGACGGCGCAUGUGGAUUUCCGGCACCCGAGAUGGGCGGCGAUCUCGGACGGAGCCAAGGAUUUGAUUCUGAGGAUGCUGGAGAAGGAUCCGAGGAAGAGAAUAACUGCGCUAGAGAUUUUUGCCCAUCCGUGGAUCAGAGCAGCGGAAAGCAGCUGA